AUGCACACGCUCAACUUCGCCGCUUCGGCCGUCCUCCUCUUUCGGGGCGUCGCUGCCGUCCCCGCGCCGACGCUCGUUGCUCGUGCUGAUGUCCUCGCUCCCACGGCGGCCUGGGUCAGCGUCAACGACAAGGGUGUCCCGACAACCAUCACCCCCGUGCCGACCACCAUCUCCGGCACCCCGACCUUCGCGUCGGCGGCGCCCAACGCAUUGACGGGAAGCGUCUUCACCAUGACCGAUUUCCGCCUUGUUCAGGUCACCACGAGCACCGGCAGCCCGCCGUUGGCUACCGCCGACAACAAGAACGGUGCUGGAGCUUUCGCCCCCUGCAGAAACACAAAAGGAGACUUUUCACCCUUUUGUGACCCUGUCAAGGACAGUCAGCUCUACGUCGAUGGGACCUACUACGUGACCUGGGACCCCACCGUGCUCAUCCAGGGCAACAAGACCAACGUCCACGUCAAGAUCCAGGGCAAGGAUGUCAACGGCACCACGGUCGGCGACAUUGUCCUCAACGCAGAUACGGACAAGACCAACCCGGCCGCGUACGGCUACUACGCCUGGAAUGUCAACGGCAACCUCAUUCCCUCUGGUCAGGACAACGCCACUAUUGAGCUUCUCAUGUCGUACACCAUCGACAACGUCGCGCAGAAGGAUAUCACCGGCCCCCGCGUCCUCGUUCUCAAGCGCCCGCAGUACCAUCCCCAGCCCGCUAGGCUGCCCAAGGGCGCCGAGCUGUAUAUCGCCCUACCCACCGUCUUCGGCUUCAUCAUCAUCGCCGUCAUCGGCGGCUGUCUCUGGAACCGCCGCACUCGCCAGAUUGGCAUCGGAAACAUAAUGAGCCGCUCACGCCACGGGUACGGCGUCGGCAAGUCGCGCGCGCAGCGCCUGGGCGCCCGCGUGCGCCAGAGCGUUUUCCACGGUCGCAAGGACCGCGGCAUCCAGCUCAAGGAGCACGAGUUGGGCCCCGGCGGCGGGUACGUGUACCGCGACGAGCCUCUCCCUAGCCAGCAGCCUGCUGGUCGUCCCAGGAGAGACAGCGAUUCGCUUGGCAGCUUGGCAGGCAGCCCGACGUCCACUCACUUUCAGGACCACGAUGUUCAGGGUGGUAACGCCUUCCGGGAGGAGCUGAGGAGACAGGAGAGGGAGAGGUAUUAG